AUGUCAUGUCCUUUAGGAUGAUGUCAUUAAGGACCUGGCUUUUGUUAGUUGAAGGGAUUCUGCAUCUUUCUUUGUAAGUAAUUAUUUUACUGGGAAGAUACCGCAUACAAAAGGAAACAAUUGGCUGUAAAAUAACUUUUGAAUCUCUAUUUUUCUAAAUCUUUUGGACAGAAACAAAAAACACUGAAAACAUGUGAAGGAAAUGCAGUUUAUGUAACAUUAUUUUCUAUGACAUUCAUUUGACUAUAAAUACCUCUUUAAAAUGUUCUUAUGGCAAUGAGUAAAAAAAGGACACUAAUAUGAUUAACAUCUUUAAAUAUUUAUCCAGUAUGAAAUGACAUGAUUGGGACAUGAAAAUAUCAUUAUGUGUGAGUACAAUGUGGUCUCUGUGUGUGUUUCUGCUGAUGUGAUGAAUGUAUUCAUGUGAAAUGACCUGCGGCUCCAUGUGUGUUUGGAUUCUCACAGUCAAAUCUCCUCCGCGUGCCAGAAUCGCCUCAUUGACCCACAGGCCUUGAGAUCUCAAACGUCUGGGAUUUGAUACAAAUGAAUACAAACCUGUUUCACAUUCCCCUGCCACUAGACACUUUCUUUUCGCUUUGUCUUUCUCCUCUCGGUCUGUGAUUCUAGCUAAAGCCGUUGGUGAGCUCUGUGUGACGAGCCUCCAUGACACGCAGUUUCACAGAUGAAGCUCCGUGCCUGUGGGAGCGUCUGAUGCCACCUGCCCAAAUGCUGGGUUUUCACUCUGAUCCCCUCGUUCCUCAUUAAAAUCCCUCAGCAGAUCAUCCCCUGCCAGUCGUCACCAUACUCAUCAUGUCAAGCCGAAGGAAGUCGUCCAAUCCCUGUGUGGUCCAUGCAACCUGCUUUACGCCAGAAGAAUCUGUGGAAAUGGAUGUUUCAGUGGAGACUGUGCUGGACAGAUAUGCACCUGUUCCGUCUUCAACGGAUGAAAGCGGGAUGUCAUUGAAUGAUGAGGAAGAGGAGAAGUCUGAUGGGGGUUCUGCACCGGAGCCGGGUUCCUUCUGCAACUACAGAGAUCAUGAGGACUUCUGUCAGUCUGAAGGACCAGCCAGUACAUUCUAUGUUUGCACCUUCUGCAAUUUCCGUACCAACCACUUUGACUCCCUCUCAUGUCAUAAUAAAGUUCAACACCCAAAUGAAAGCCGUUUCAAGUUCAGGCAAACCAUGGAUUGCGAGAAUGAUGGUUCCCUUCUGGAUGCUGUAGAUUUUGAAUAUGAAUUGGGACCAUUGGUACACUCCAGCAGUUCAGCAGGUGAAGAAACUGGAAAGACAACAAAGGAAAACAGCAGCAUUUUGGAGAAAGGACUAGAGGUGGAGAAGGAGCUGGAUAGUCCAGUUUUGAAGGAUGAGAUCAGGGCAGUGAGCGUAAAUGGUACGAUCAUUAUUCCGGAGCCCAUGUGUCAUGUCACUCCUCUGCUACAGCGACCUCCCAAUCUCAGCAUCUCUCCAACAAUCGCAGUUCCUCUUCACACCAGCAAGUACAACCCCAUACUGGACAGCAAUACCACCCUGAUCACAUCUUUCAACAGAUUCCCAUAUCCGACCCACGCAGAGCUCUCCUGGCUCACUGCUGCCUCCAAGCACCCUGAGGAGCAGAUCAAGGUAUGGUUCACCACCCAGCGUCUGAAGCAGGGCAUCACCUGGUCACCUGAAGAGGUGGAAGAAGCUCGUAAGAAGAUGUUCAAUGGCAGUAUACCACCCCCACACCAGACCUGUGCGGUUUCACCUACACCUGCUGGAGAACCAUUCAAGCCCGGGCAAGCAAUUUGUCAUGUAUUUGGACAGACCAGCCUUCCACCAUACAGCACAGCUAAUAUUUCACCCACUACUUGUACACCUGCCACUUUUACAGCUGUCCGUCAGACACAGACACUUAAGCGCUCUUUAGGAACUCCUCUCUUGGCUUCGGAGGUCAAACGGCCUGUUGUUCCCCCAACUGGAGACCCCAAAGAGAGUCUGCGCAUGCCCCCUCCACCGGCUCCACCACCAGAAAGACUGGCUAUCGCUUCUUUUCCUGGGUUCUUGGAGACUAAAACAUCUAGCCCUGCUCCUAUGGUGGCCUCAGACAUGAAGAGACCUGUUGCUGCAAAUUUUGUCCCACCUAAAGGGAAACUCCCAAUGGUUCAAUCCAAAGACAAGAUACCUGCGGCAAUUCCUUCAGUGGUGCCCAAAGAAAGACUCCCUUUGUCACCCAUAGUGUCCACCAAUCUCAAAAGAUCUCUAAUUCAUCAGCGAAUAAACAAUCGUACUUCUGCCACCUUCUUCGUUCCUAAAAACAAGUUAUCAUGCUUUGGUAAUGGUGUAACCGCAGUAGCAGCUGUGACGACCCCACAGGUGAAUAGGCCAACAAUCAUUCAGAGUCUGUCUGCCGUGCCUCUGUCCCCGUCACCGACACCGGUCCUUCAGUGUAAGUCUACAGAGCCACCAAUGUUCCCAUGCUUCAGUAGUCAGAAUGGUAAAGAAAUCCCCCAUGGGGAUGUUAAGCAUUGGUUUUUUGACCAAACUACAAUUUCCCAGAAUGAUUCCCAGAACUCAUGUGUUGAAUUUGCUCUGAGGGAGCGUUCAGUUCCCACUCAUUUUCCUCUACUGGAGAGAGUGAAGGACAAGAGUCCUGGACAAAUUAAGCUUCUAGAGGAGAGUUUUCAGAGGAACAGUUUCCCACCCUAUAAUGAGGUCCAGUACCUCAUGAUCACCACUAGACUGUCCAGAGAGGAAAUUGAAAGCUGGUUCUUGGAGCGCCGAGCACUUCGAGAUGAUUUGGAACAAGCCCUGCUGAACUCCAUGGGUUCUAAACAGGAGUCCCAGCAGCCCGUCCUCAACGGAGCCCAGAGACGCUCUGGCCCCCAUACCUUCAGCCCUGUGCCUCCGAACAGCAAGUCCGUGAACCUUCUCAAAAAUGUCUUUGUCCAAAACCGAUGGCCUUCGCCUGUGGAGUUCAGGCAUCUGGAGAUGCAGACGCGGUUGCCUCGCACAGAACUCGUCCGUUGGUUCCGAGAUGGUCAACUAGCUCAGCAGAGCCACGUCCUAGACCGGAAGGAGGUGUUUGGAGAGCGAAAUGGCUGCUGGGCUGCAGACUCCACAAAACGGCCAAGCCCAAAGGAACGACCACUUAGAGAAGAGAACAGCAAACCCAGCAGCCCAGAGAUCGAAAACUGGUUCAACAACAUGCCCGGUCAGCACACGGGCAGCAACGGGGAAGUGAUUGAAUAUGGCAGAGGGGACUGUGGAGGGAAAACAUGUGAGCCGCUCUCAGACUCCAGUUAGAAGAUGGAAGGUGAGAAAUGGGUCGUUACUGUCGCUCUGGAGAACCGGUUCCGUGGAAGUACGUAAGGAACCGCUGAUGUCACUUCUGCUCUCUUCCUCUGUUUGCAAAGAGGCACUGUGGGAACGUUGUUGUUACGUUGUGUGAGUGUUGUGUGUAUGUUUUGGAUGUUAAAAGCACUGAGGAAACUUCUGUGUGCCAAAGCUGGAGUCACUGCAUAUCUGUACUUUUAAAAAUGUUCUUGUAAACGUACUUUCGCUGCAGAUCUGUACAUUUUUAUGGCGAAUUUUGUUACAUUUUAUAAUGGGAAAAAGUUUCGGCUGUUUUUUUAGUGGGCAUGUUGUAUAUUCCCUAACAGUCUGUGGAAGGAGAUGCCAGAAACCACGAGGUGCUGAAAUAUUCUCUGGACACAUCACCUGCUACAGCCCAUAAUAUGAUUUUAUUGACAGAAAUCACUGUUGAAUAUGCACACAGAUGUCUGUUUUACACACUUCUGCUGAUGAAGACACACAGUGCUGAUGUUUAAACUGGUUUGUUUGCAGUCUUUGUUAUUGCUACGCUCGAUAAUCUUGGACUCACUCGUAAUGAACUGUUUCUGUUCUGUAGUGUCAAUAAAUGCAUCUGUCUGUUCACCCACAGACCGCCGCUGGAAUCCAAUAAAACACAGCUGGAUUUAUUGUG